AUGGAUUAUAGUGCAGUGUUGAAUAAUCUGCUCCCGAGCAUGGGCGUGAAUACUUCUUACGCAACAGGGAACACGUCGACGUCCGACAACACAUAUCAUGUCAAAGCGGUUGAGAGCGUUCUAACGCUCGUCGGACUCCGUGGUUUAGCUCCCUUUUACGGAUUCAUAGGGGGCUGGCUCGGCAUUGAGCCGUCUUAUUUACUUACGGCCAUCGGCGUUCUCUGGGCGCUCAACAAGCUACUCCGUCAGCUGUAUGCCUUGAUUAACAGCACCGUCAGCGAGUACUUUAUGAGCAGCAUCCACAUUCUGAACAACGAUGAUAUAUAUAUGUAUCUCAUGGAAUGGUUGGCUACCCAGCCCCGAAUGGUUAAUACGAGGUCUUUAUUUGCCGAGACUGGGAGCAGGAGAGGGUGGGAAGACGAGGAUCCCCUGACUGUGGGUCGAGAUCGUUCUGGUCGCUAUUUGAAUUUCUCAAACCAAGAAGCUAGAGCGCCCCCGCAGUACAGUCCGGCAAUGGGGUUGCACAGCUUUUGGUGGAAGGGGCAAUAUUUUCGGCUUCAGCGCAAACGGCAGUCCAUAUUCAACGACGGGAUGAGUUCAGCUCAAUUUUUCAGAGACCAAGAAGACAUCACCAUAUCCUGUUUCUGGAGGAAUCCAGAACCCAUAAAACAGCUAUUAGCACACGCCAAGGAGCGGUAUUAUAAGGACCACCAGGCUCGGACGGUCGUUAAGCGGCCCACCACGUGGAACAGUCGCCGGUAUCCCGGACGCACCGGCUGGCAUCAGGUUGCGAACCGACCAGUCAGAGACAUCAAGACCGUUGUUCUAGACGAGAAGCAAAAGCUUCAGGUUCUAGCUGAUAUCGACGAGUAUCUACACCCCGAGACCCCGAGAUGGUAUUCUAAUCGCGGCAUUCCAUUACGUAGAGGCUAUCUGUUCCACGGGCCUCCCGGGACAGGCAAAACUUCGCUAUCGUUUGCUCUCGCUGGUAUCUUCGGUCUUGACAUCCACGUGAUAUCGCUUCUCGAACCGAGCUUGACCGAGGAGGAUCUAAGCAUCCUAUUUGCUUCGCUUCCACGACGAUGUAUUGUGCUAUUGGAAGACAUCGACACAGCCGGCCUCCGGCGCCCCUCCCCCUCCCCCUCCCAAAGUAAUACCGCAACCAACACCGAAGACACCAAAUCCCCCAAACCCAACGGCAUCCCCAAAACCACCGCCCCCGAAAACUGGGACGUGCGUGACCUAGCCAAAGCGCUCAAAAAAGAAGGCGACGACAAUAAAUCCGGCAUCUCCCUCUCGGGUCUCCUAAACGCCAUCGACGGCGUAGCAAGCCACGAGGGCCGCGUGUUAAUAAUGACAACCAACACCCCGGAAACCCUAGACGAAGCCUUAAUCCGGCCCGGCCGCGUAGACCUACAAGUCGCAUUCACCAACGCAACACAGGAGCAAGCGGAGCAGUUAUUCGUGCGCAUGUACGAGGGUGAUAAAGCCCUUUCCCCACCCUCUCCUCCCCCAUCUCCUUCAUCCGAGAAACCGGUACUGGAAGUAAAUGGAGCGGAGAAUGGGGCGCUGAGUUUAAAUGGUGCGCCGGUGGAAAUGCUUGAUAACGAUCUCGAUAUCUCGGUUUCGGAAUUACCUGCUAUUGCUAAGGCGUUCGGGGCUAAGAUCCCGCCGGGUGAAUUUUCGCCCGCGCAGAUCCAGGGGUAUUUGCUCAAGCGCAAGAAGCAGCCGCGUAAGGCGCUUGAGGAGGCGGAUUCGUGGGUUUAUGGGUUGGUUAGGCAGAAGAAGAUGCGGACUAAGAUUAUGCAGGUGCAGUAAGUACGUAGGUAUGUAUGUAUGUAUUCCCUUGAUAUUUCUUUAGGCGUGGGUAGGUGGGUGACUAGAGGGGGCCGGCCUGGGAUACACAUUAUACUUGGGUGCAUACGUUAUUUGGGUGGGCAGACGGGGAGAGGAGCACCGGGAAAUUGUAGAGGUUGAUUUGUUUGCUCGUUCGAGGAACCAUUGGUUGGAGUUCGGUUUUGAGGGGUGUGUUGAUAUUAGCAUCUUCUCGGAGCAUAAUGAGUCUGUACCUAGAUGGGGACGAGGCGAGUAGUUGACGCCCGUCCCGAAUGAAAAUCGAUUUUGGGACGACGUAGCUUGCUAUUACGUAUCCUAUGUUUAUUAACCGGGUUUAGUGUAUAUC